AUGGUGAAUUGUGUGAGCAGUUGCGACAAACGAUUCCUUGAGACUUCAAUUACGGUUAAAGACGACGACGAGCCAGCUGUAACGACAGAAGAUGUGCCUUAUGAACGGGCUCCAGCUCAAGUUUUCAGAAUUCGAUUUCAUCCGCAGGGAAAUAAGGACUCCAACAAAGACUUCUGCUUCUUCCAGGUCUUCCCAAUAACACAUGUGAACAACUAUAAAGUCAAAUUUCAUGUAUAUAACAACAAGGGCGAAGAGUUAUCGCUUACUGUGUAUCAAGGCAAUCAGCAAGUAAGGAAGAGAUUAAUUAUUUAUUGAUUGUUUAGCUAAAUGGUUACUUCGAAUAUGUGAGGAGAGACUAUUUGCUGCAACACAUCGCUCCAGAAGACGAGGUCUAUCUAAAUAUAAAGCUGACCGUAUUUACGGAGCCCGUCACACGAACUGGCUUCUAUUCGAACGUUAAAGACGAGGUUAUUGUCGACGAUGUAAGUGUGCGUUUUUUAUAAAUGUGUUGGUGUUUUAGGUUGGGAAAGACCUCGAAGACCUAUUUAACAACCCCAAGUUUACGGAUUUCAAAAUCAAAUGUAAAAACGGGAAUACGACGAAAAGUUUGGAUGUCCAUCGUUCAAUCAUCUCAUCCCGGUCAGCUUUCUUUAAAGCUAUGUUGUCAGAUCAUACGAGGGAGUCGAAGGAAGGCCAAGUUGUGUUCGACGACAUUGAUUACACGGUUUUAUACGAGCUUCUUCGGUUUUUGUAUACGGGUAGAGCACCUAAUGCUGAUAAGAUGGCAUCUGAUCUGCUUGCAUUAGCUGAUCGUUUUCAAGUCAAUGUCCUCAAGAAGAUUGCCGAGAAAUCAAUGAAGAAGAUGAUGUCCGUGAAGAAUGUUUGUGCCACUCUGACCAUGGCUGAUUUGUACAGUGCCAACGAAUUGAAGGAUGAAGCCUUGAAUUUUAUUGCGGAUAACUCAACGGAAGUGGUCAAGGUAGGAAAAGUUUUAAAAAAUUUUGAUAAGACCCUCUCCGACUUCAAGUCUGAAUGAAUGAACUUUGUACUUACAGACGGAGGGUUGGCAAUCAAUGCUCAAGAAUCAUUCCCGGCUGCUGACUGAUGUGAUCGUGAAAAUGAAUGACUCUAGUCGGAGUAAGUCAUUGAUAUUUGUAUAUAUUAUGUAGUUUUUAUCUUGUUUAUUUUUAACAUGGUUUAAUUUCAGUGGAACCCCUUCCAAAACGGCUUCGAAAGUCGUAG